GCUUUUUUUUUUUUUUGCCCUUAUCGCCUUCGUUUUUUUAAAUUUCUUUUUUUAAGGUGGGGAAACUGUGAAACCCACCUUGAUUUCCUCCCCUCUUCCCCCCCUCCCCAUCUUCCCUCGCCCUAAUCCCCCGACAAGGAAGGAAGAAGCAGUUGGUUCAAUCUCUGGUAAUCUAUGCCAGCAAUUAUGACAAUGUUAGCAGACCAUGCAGCUCGCCAGCUGCUUGAUUUCAGCCAAAAACUGGAUAUCAACCUUUUAGACAAUGUGGUGAAUUGCUUAUACCAUGGAGAAGGAGCCCAGCAAAGAAUGGCUCAAGAAGUACUGACACAUUUAAAGGAGCAUCCUGAUGCAUGGACAAGAGUCGACACAAUUUUGGAAUUUUCACAGAAUAUGAACACGAAAUAUUAUGGACUACAAAUUUUGGAAAAUGUGAUAAAAACAAGGUGGAAGAUUCUUCCGAGGAACCAAUGCGAAGGAAUAAAAAAAUAUGUUGUUGGCCUCAUUAUCAAGACGUCAUCUGACCCAACUUGUGUAGAGAAGGAAAAGGUAUAUAUCGGGAAAUUAAAUAUGAUUCUUGUUCAGAUAUUGAAACAAGAAUGGCCAAAACACUGGCCAACUUUUAUCAGUGACAUUGUUGGAGCAAGUAGGACCAGUGAAAGUCUCUGUCAGAAUAAUAUGGUGAUUCUGAAACUCUUGAGUGAAGAAGUAUUUGAUUUCUCUAGUGGACAGAUAACCCAAGUGAAAGCUAAGCAUUUAAAAGACAGCAUGUGCAAUGAAUUCUCACAAAUUUUUCAGCUGUGUCAGUUUGUGAUGGAAAAUUCCCAAAAUGCUCCACUUGUACAUGCAACUUUGGAAACAUUGCUCAGAUUUCUUAACUGGAUUCCACUUGGAUAUAUUUUUGAGACCAAGUUAAUCAGCACAUUAAUUUAUAAGUUCCUGAAUGUUCCAAUGUUUCGAAAUGUCUCUCUGAAGUGCCUCACGGAGAUUGCUGGUGUGAGUGUAAGCCAGUAUGAGGAACAGUUUGUAACACUAUUUACACUGACAAUGAUGCAGCUAAAACAGAUGCUUCCUUUAAAUACCAAUAUUCGGCUUGCAUACUCAAAUGGAAAGGAUGAUGAACAGAACUUUAUUCAAAAUCUCAGUUUGUUUCUCUGUACCUUUCUUAAAGAACACGGUCAACUUAUAGAAAAAAGAUUAAAUCUCAGGGAAACACUCAUGGAGGCCCUUCAUUAUAUGUUAUUGGUGUCUGAAGUAGAGGAAACUGAAAUCUUUAAGAUUUGUCUUGAGUACUGGAAUCAUCUGGCAGCUGAACUCUAUAGAGAGAGCCCAUUCUCAACAUCUGCCUCUCCAUUGCUAUCUGGAAGUCAACAUUUUGAUGUUCCUCCCAGAAGACAGCUGUAUUUGCCUGUAUUAUCCAAGGUCCGUUUAUUGAUGGUUAGUCGAAUGGCUAAGCCAGAGGAAGUAUUGGUUGUAGAAAAUGAUCAGGGAGAAGUUGUAAGAGAAUUCAUGAAGGAUACAGAUUCCAUAAAUUUAUAUAAGAAUAUGAGAGAAACAUUAGUUUAUCUUACUCAUCUGGAUUAUGCAGAUACAGAAAGAAUAAUGACUGAGAAGCUUCACAAUCAAGUGAAUGGUACAGAGUGGUCAUGGAAAAAUUUGAAUACAUUGUGUUGGGCAAUAGGCUCCAUUAGUGGAGCAAUGCAUGAAGAGGAUGAAAAACGAUUUCUUGUCACUGUUAUAAAGGAUCUAUUAGGAUUAUGUGAACAGAAAAGAGGCAAAGAUAAUAAAGCUAUUAUUGCAUCAAAUAUCAUGUAUAUAGUAGGUCAAUAUCCACGAUUUUUAAGAGCUCACUGGAAAUUUUUGAAGACAGUAGUUAACAAGCUUUUUGAAUUCAUGCAUGAGACCCAUGAUGGAGUCCAGGACAUGGCUUGUGAUACUUUCAUUAAAAUAGCUCAGAAAUGCCGCAGGCAUUUUGUUCAGGUUCAGGUUGGAGAAGUAAUGCCAUUUAUUGAUGAGAUCUUGAACAACAUUAACACUAUAAUUUGUGAUCUUCAGCCACAACAGGUCCAUACAUUUUAUGAAGCUGUGGGGUACAUGAUUGGUGCACAGACAGACCAAACAGUACAAGAACAUUUGAUAGAAAAAUACAUGCUACUUCCUAAUCAAGUUUGGGAUAGCAUAAUCCAGCAAGCAACCAAAAAUGUGGACAUACUUAAAGAUCCUGAAACAGUCAAGCAACUUGGUAGCAUAUUGAAAACAAAUGUGAGAGCCUGCAAAGCGGUUGGACACCCCUUUGUGAUUCAGCUUGGGAGAAUUUAUUUAGAUAUGCUUAAUGUAUACAAGUGCCUCAGUGAAAAUAUUUCUGCAGCUAUCCAGGCUAAUGGUGAGAUGGUUACAAAGCAACCAUUGAUUAGAAGUAUGCGAACAGUAAAAAGGGAAACUUUAAAGUUAAUAUCUGGUUGGGUGAGCCGGUCCAAUGAUCCACAGAUGGUAGCUGAAAAUUUUGUUCCUCCUCUGUUGGAUGCCGUUCUCAUUGAUUAUCAGAGAAAUGUCCCAGCUGCUAGAGAACCAGAAGUGCUCAGUACUAUGGCUAUUAUUGUCAACAAGUUAGGAGGACAUAUAACAGCUGAAAUACCUCAAAUAUUUGAUGCUGUUUUUGAAUGCACAUUGAAUAUGAUAAAUAAGGACUUCGAAGAAUAUCCUGAACACAGAACGAACUUUUUCUUGCUGCUUCAGGCUGUCAAUUCUCAUUGUUUCCCAGCAUUCCUGGCUAUUCCACCUGCACAAUUUAAACUUGUUUUGGAUUCCAUUAUAUGGGCUUUCAAACAUACUAUGAGGAAUGUAGCAGAUACAGGCUUACAGAUCCUUUUUACACUCUUACAAAAUGUUGCACAAGAAGAAGCUGCAGCUCAGAGUUUCUAUCAGACUUAUUUUUGUGAUAUUCUUCAGCACAUCUUUUCUGUUGUCACAGACACCUCACAUACUGCUGGUCUGACAAUGCAUGCAUCUAUCCUUGCAUAUAUGUUUAAUUUGGUCGAAGAAGGAAAAAUUAGUACACCAUUAAAUCCUGGAAAUCCAGUAAACAACCAAAUGUUUAUUCAGGAAUACGUGGCUAAUCUUCUUAAAUCUGCAUUCCCUCAUCUACAAGAUGCUCAAGUAAAGCUCUUCGUGACAGGACUUUUCAGCUUAAAUCAGGAUAUUCCGGCAUUCAAGGAACAUCUGAGGGAUUUUCUGGUACAAAUAAAAGAGUUUGCAGGUGAAGAUACAUCUGAUCUCUUUUUGGAAGAAAGAGAAACAGCCCUUCGACAGGCUCAGGAAGAGAAACAUAAACUUCAAAUGUCUGUCCCUGGCAUCCUUAAUCCACAUGAAAUUCCAGAAGAAAUGUGUGAUUAAAAUCGGAAGUCAUGCUGGGUUUUUCUUGGGUUUUUUUUUUUUUCCUUUACUUCUUUUUUUCUUUUCUUCUGCAACUCUUGUUAGCAGAUGAAAACAGCAUCUGGAUAUUUGUCGACCAAAAUGAUGCCAAUUUGUAAAUUAAAAUGUCACCUAGUGGCCCUUUUUCUUAUGUGUUUUUUGUAUAAGAAAUUUUCUGUGAAAUAUCCUUCCAUUGUUUAAGCUUUUGUUUUGGUCAUCUUUAUUUAGUUUGCAUGAAGUUGAAAAUUAAGGCAUUUUUUAAAAUUUUACUUCAUGCCCAUUUUGUGGCUGGGAUGGGGGGAGGAGGCAAAUUCAAUUUGAACAUAUACUUGUAAAUUCUAAUGCAAAAUUAUACAAUUUUUCCUGUAAACAAUACCCAUUUUUAAUUAGGGAGCAUUUUCUUUCUAGCCUGUAUUUCAGUCUAGAAGAAAAGAUAAUGAGUAAAACAAAUUGCAUUGUUAAAAGGAUUAUAGUGCUGCAUUGUCUGGAGUUAGCACCUCUUGGACUGAAUCGUUUGUCUAGACUACAUGUAUUACAAGUCUGUAUGGCAAGUUUGCAGCAAGAUCAUGUGCAUAUCAUCCCAUUGUAAAGCAACUUCAAAAAAUAUGGGAACACAGUUAGUUAUUUUUACACAGUUCUUUUUGUUUUUGUGUGUGUGUGCUGUCGCUUGUCGACAACAGCUUUUUGUUUUCCUCAAUGAGGAGUGUUGCUCAUUUGUGAGCCUUCAUUAACUCGAAGUGAAAUGGUUAAAAAUAUUUAUCCUGUUAGAAUAGGCUGCAUCUUUUUAACAACUCAUUAAAAAACAAACAAAACAAAACUCUGGCUUUUGAGAUGACUUAUACUAAUUUACAUUGUUUACCAAGCUGUAGUGCUUUAAGAACACUACUUAAAAAGCAAAAUAAACUUGGUUUACAUUUA